AUGUCUUCGUCACCCUUUGAGGCUGCGGCCAGCCCCGGGGGUCGUGUCGUGAUCCCCGCCCCGGCGGUGACCCCUCCCCCAUUCCCCUCGGAGGUGCGCGAGCCCCUGCUCACCCCCCGCAUCAGCUCCUACCGCUCCCAGUCCAUGCAGCCUCCCAGCUCAUGGGAGGCGGGGACGCACAUGGUGAAAUCUAUCCUGGGGGUGGCGCUGCUGGCCUUGCCCCGCGUGUUCUCCAUGCUGGGGAUCGGGGCGGGCUCCAUCUGCCUGGCGGCAGUCGCCCUGCUGGCCUACGCCUCCCUGCACGCCCUGGCGAAGGCGUCGGCCCGCACGGGGGUCAUGAACAUGUCGGUUCUGGCCAGGGAGGAGCUGGGGGUGACCGGCCAGGCGGUGCUGGACAUGGCACUCAUCUUCAACUGCUUUGGGAUGCUGGUGGUGUACCUGGUGGUCAUCGGUGACAUGCUGGUGGGCUCCCCCGGCGAGCCGGGCAUCCUCACCCAGGACUGUGGAUCCAGGAGGGUGGUCCUGGCGGUGGUGGCCGUGGUCCUCCUCGCCCCCCUGGUCUCCUCUACCAGCACGCAGAGCCGCUCGCUGGCCGGGGCGUCGGCCCUGGGCGUGGCAGCCAUCCUGCUGUGGGCCGCCGUGUCCCUGAUUCUCUUCAUCAUCGCAGCAAACAACGGUGCCCUGAGCCACAUGCACUGGUGGCCCAAGGGGCAUGCGCUGAUUGGGCACGGCUUCAAGUCUGCGGUGGAGCUGACCUCCCUGCUCUCCAUCAUGCUGGUCGCCUACACUUGCCACUGGACCCUGCAGCACUCCAUGCAGAGCGCAAGCUCCGUGAGGGAGCGCCAGGCACAGGGCGUGUCGGCCGGCGCCAUCGCGGCCAGCACGGCCACCUUCCUCCUCAUCUCCAUCUGCUCCUACGGCGUCUUUGGCAACGCCACAUCCGCUGAUGUCAUCAACAACUACUCGGUGGAGACGCUGUCCAAGCUGCUCAUCCCUGAGCUGGCUCAAGCAGGCUUCUUUGGCAUCCGUCUCGGAGUGCUCAUUGCGCUCCUGUUGUCCUUUCCCCUGCAUGCGAGUGGCAGAGAAGGGAUGAGGAUGGCGCCCCUGCGGACCUCCCUGUGGCAGCUCGUCUUCCGCCAGCCCCUGCAAGGACCUGGCCUGUACCUGGUAACCUAUGUGACCCUCGGCGCGGCAUGGCUCGCGGCGGCCCACCUCAGCGACAUCUGGAGUGUCUUGAUCCUCAUCGGAUCGACUGCAGGCGUGCUCAUCUCCCUGAUCCUGCCCGGCCUGCUCUCCGUCGGCAUGGAGGAGACCCUGACCGAGACCCGGGGCUCCAAGAUCCGCCGCCAGGGCGGCGGCCUGGUGCUGAUCCUCUUCGGCAUUGGCAUUGGGGCAGCAGGCAUCCUGCACCUCGCCAUGUACGCCGGCAAAACCCCCCACUUCUGA